UCAGAGUGUGGGAAAGGUUUCUGUCAGAACUCUUGCCUGGUGAUACACCAGAGGACUCACACUGGGGAGAAACCAUAUGAGUGUUUGGAUUGUGGGAAAAGUUUCAAUAAUAAAUCUAACCUUGUGCAACACCAGAGGACUCACACGGGCGAGAAACCAUAUGAGUGUCCAGAUUGUGGGAAAAGUUUCAGUCAGAACUCUAACCUGGUGAUACACCAGAGGACUCACACUGGGGAGAAACCGUAUCAGUGUUUGGAUUGUGGGAAAAGUUUCAGUAAUAAUUCCAGCCUUGUGCAACACCAGAGGACUCACACGGGCGAGAAACCAUAUGAGUGUCUAUACUGUGGGAAAAGUUUCAGUCAGAACUCUUGCCUGGUGAUACAUCAGAGGACUCACAUGGGACAGAAACAAUACGAGUGUCCAGAGUGUGGGAAAAGUUUCCGUCAGAACUCUUGCCUGGUGAUACACCAGAGGACUCACACUGGGGAGAAACCGUAUGAGUGUUCGGAUUGUGGGAAAAGUUUCACUAAUAAAUCCAGCCUUGUGCAACAUCAGAGGACUCACAUGGACGAGAAACCAUAUGAGUGUCCAGAUUGUGGGAAAAGUUUUCGUCAAAAUUACAAUCUGGUCAGACACCAGAGGAUUCACACAGGACAAAAACCGUAUGAGUGUCUAGAGUGUGGGAAAAGUUUCUAUCAGAACUCUUCCCUGGUGAUACACCAGAGGACUCACACUGGGGAGAAACCAUAUGAGUGUUCGGAUUGUGGGAAAGGUUUCACUAAUAAAUCCAGCCUUGUGCAACACCACAGGACUCACACAGGUGAGAAACCCUAUGAGUGUCCGGAUUGUGGGAAAAGUUUCAGUCAGAACUCUAACCUGGUGAUACACCAGAGGACUCACACUGGGGAGAAACCGUAUGAGUGUUUGGAUUGUGGGAAAAGUUUUCGUCAAAAUUCCGACCUGGUGAUACACCAGAGAACGCACACAGGAGAGAAACCAUUUGAAUGUUCAGAUUGUUGGAAAAGUUUCAGUCGUAAUUCUGCCUUAGUGACACACAUGAGUUCUCACAGGAGAGAAACCCUAUAAGUGCCCAAUUGUGGGAAAGCUUUCAGUUGGAAUUCUGACCUGGUGAGACAUCAGAGGAUUCAUACAGGAUGAGUGCUUGGAUUGUGGAAAAAGUUUCAGUUGGAAUUCCCACCUGGUGGAACAAUAGGGAACUGACACAGAAGAGGAGCCCUUUGAAUGUUCCAAUUGUCAGAAAGCUUUCACAGGUACUGUAGGUCUUAUCUAAUAAUUCAUGUCAGUUUACACACAGAUCAGAAGCCAUUCAGAUGUCCAAACUGUGGUCAGUGUUUCACUCACAACUCUUUACUAUUGUUAAAAAUGAGGACUCGUACAGGAGUAAAGCCAUUAGCUUUCUGAUUGGAAGGAAAGCUUGAUGGGGUCAAAUAAAAAAUUCAAUAAUUCAUAAGAAUAUACAUUGCUUGUUUUCAGCUUGCUGGAUUAAUUUCAGUCAAAGAGUCAAGUUUAUUUAGAUACGAGAGACUCAACCAGAAGAAAUGCUCAGACACAAGAGUAUUUGCCUGCAAAAAUCAAUGAAUCAGUAAAUGAGAAUUAGGAUUUCAACAAGAGUUUUCUGAAAGUAUAGUAAGAAACUAAAUGUAACUAGUUUCU